UACGUCUAUGCGUUUCAAUAAUCGGACGUGAAUACGUAACAAAUCAGGCAACUAUACAGGGAAGUGCUCGCCGGACUGCUCUGCCUGCUGUGGGCAUUUCUCUCGUUCUGUCCCAGCUUAUGAAGAGAUUGUCGCUCUUGCAAUGGAAAGCGAACAGAUGGACAAAAAUGUGUUUUUAUUGACAGGAGGUUGUGGCUAUUUUGGAUUUCGCCUUGCAUGCGCUCUGCAUAAAAGAGGAGCCAGAAUCACUCUAUUUGACACCGUUCCUCCAUGCCAAGAACUUCCUGAAGACAUGAUGUUUGUGCAAGGAGAUAUUCGUGAAUAUGCACAAGUUGAGAAGGCCGUGUUUGGUGUGGAUUGUGUGUUUCACAUUGCCUCUUAUGGGAUGUCUGGUAGAGAGCAGCUGAAUAGACAUCUGAUUGAGGCAGUCAACGUUCAGGGGACGAAGAAUAUCCUGAGAGCUUGUGUGGAGAACGGAGUAUCAAGGUUGGUUUACACCAGUACUUUCAAUGUGGUUUUCGGAGGCCAAGUGAUAGAGAAUGGCGAUGAAAGUCUUCCUUAUCUGCCGCUCCACCUUCAUCCCGACCACUACUCUAGAACCAAGUCCUUGGCCGAGAUGGCGGUGCUACAGGCAAACGGAGCAGCUCUGUUUGGUAGCCCUGGGGUGCUGAGAACCUGUGCCCUGCGCCCAGCAGGUAUCUAUGGGCCUGGUGAGCAGAGGCACCUGCCUAGGAUAGUUAGCUACAUAGAGAGGGGGAUCUUUAGGUUUGUUUAUGGUAGUCCCAGCAGUUUGGUGGAGUUUGUCCACGUGGAUAACCUGGUGUCUGCCCACAUGCUAGCUGCAGAGGCUUUAACUUCAGAGAAGCAGCAUCGCUCUGCUGGCCAGGCUUACUUCAUUUCCGACAGCAGGCCGGUCAAUAACUUUGAAUUCUUCCGACCUCUGGUUGAAGGCUUGGGCUACCCUUUCCCAAAACUCCGCCUCCCGAUCUCUCUCAUCUACCUCUUUGCCUUUCUCACCGAAAUGAUUCACCAUCUCAUCGGCCCGUUCUACAACUUUCAGCCCCUGUUAACGCGCACCGAGGUGUAUAAAACUGGAGUUACUCAUUAUUUCAGCAUGGCAAAGGCCAAAGCAGAGCUGGGAUAUGAGCCGCAGGAGCACAACUUGGACGAGGUGGUGCAGUGGUUCAAAAGCAGAGGCCACGGGAAGAAACUUCACGGCUCCGUCUUCAGGAGAUUAAUACUCAACUUCCUGUUUGUUUCUGCUUUGAUUGCUGCGGUUUUGUCGUUUCUGCCUGUUGCUGGCAGUUGGUGAAAAGCUCUUCAAGCUGCAAUCAGUCAAUCAAAAUAAACGUAUACAUAAAAGUGUAACACAAAGUGCUUCAGAUGCUUGAUGAAGAAACAAAUUCUUUGCUUUUUAUGUUUUAUUUAAAAUCUUCAUACUUCAAUGCAGAAAUCAAUCAUGUGUUUCAUUUGGAGCUAAAAAAAGAGAAAACUCUGGGACCAACCUGUCUCUGAGGUUGGUCCCAGACAGUAACAGUACCUCUCUCUGUUUUCAUUCAGCCGAUGGGGAUAGAGAUUCCUAAUUACAUCAUUUAUUGAUCUAUUUGAACAGUAUUAUUAGAAGUUAAUGCAGUCUGACAACUGUGAUCAACAUUCAUUGUUUUUUUGUUUUUAAAGUCAAACUCAGAAUAUAAACAAUGUUUUAGGAAUAAAAAUACAAUUUUGUAUGCUUUCUUACAUUAAAGUUAUGCUUUCUCAGUAGGAGGUAUUGAUGGUAACUU